AUGAGCGAUGAUUCGGACGGUCUAUGGUCAGGGGAGAUUGAAAAAAGCUUUCAAGAAGCAUUGGCUAUCUAUCCGCCGUGUGGACGUCAAAAAAUAAUGCUCUCCGCAAAGGACAAAAUGUACGGUCGAAAUGAGCUCAUAUCUCGUUACAUAUACAUGAAAACAGGCAAAGUCAGAUCAAGAAAACAGGUCGCCAGUCACAUUCAGGUGUUAGCCCGCAAGAAGUUACGUACGAAUUCCGGCGGCAGACAUUCAGGUGGAUUGCUGGGGAGAUUCACAUCAGAACCUGUUACGCCAUGUUUUCGGCUUUCGCAUACGGUCGCCCGAAACCACGAAGACAGAAGUCAACGGUCUGCACCUACGAGUAUAUCUGACAUCAUUUUUCAGCAAAAGCAGCCUUAUUCUACUAGCGCUUUUGGUCAGGUUUCAAUAGCUAAUAGCGAACAUUCUUUGGGAAAUACAAAUGAAAUAUUCGGCCCACCCGAGCUUAUCCCGGACAGUUCCAAUGGCAAAACUCCAAGUAAUAUACCCAAGUCGUCACCAGGCUCUUACUUUCAAAACACGCGCGUUUGUGGCAGCGGUGAAGCCGCUUUCAGUUCUGCUAAAAUGAAGUAUCAGGAUACAUUCACGUGGGACGUACCAGGCAUGUUACAGGCAGGAGCCGACCAGGAGUACGUAUUAAAUCUGGCCGAAGGCUGGCAGGGUGAGGCUAAAGGCCACGGGCCGUAUCCCACAACAAAAACUCAUUGGCAAAGUUCGCUAAGUAACCAGGGAGCAUUGUUGAAGUCCGUGAAGACAUACUCGCAAAUUGAGCUGAUGACGCCACCAAGUGACGCGCCCACUUUAGAAGACUAUCUACCAGUUGAUAGCGAUCAAACAUGCCCCUCUUUAGAGUUUCCAGACAUUUCGUGA